AUGUCCGUGCAGGUGGCAGCCCCCGGCGGCGUGGGGCUGGGCCCCGAGCACCUGAGCCCCGAGGAGCUGGUGCGGCAGACGCGGCAGGUGGUGCAGGGGCUGGAGGCCCUCCGGGCGGAGCACCGGGGCCUGGCCGGCCACCUGGCGGAGGCCCUGGCGGGCCCGGGCCCGGGCGCCGGCCCGGAGCUGCUGGAAGAGAAGCAGCAGGUGGUCAGCCACUCGCUGGAAGCCAUCGAGCUGGGGCUGGGCGAAGCGCAGGUGCUGCUGGCCCUGUCGGCGCACGUGGGCGCGCUGGAGGCCGAGAAGCAGCGGCUGCGGGCGCAGGCCCGGCGGCUGGCGCAGGAGAACGCGUGGCUGCGGGAGCAGCUGCAGGAGACGCAGCAGCGGCUGCGGGCCAGCGAGGAGGCCGUGGUGCAGCUGGAGGAGGAGAAGGGGCACCUGGAGUUCCUGGGGCAGCUGCGCCGGCAUGACCCGCCGGCCGGCAGCCAGCAGCCCGAGUCCCCCCACCGCCGAGACAGCCUGGGCUCCCUGUUCCCCAGCGAGGAGGAGGCGAGGAGAGGGCCGGAGGCGGCGGGGGCCGCGGCGGCCCAGCAGGGCGGCUACGAGAUCCCGGCCCGGCUGCGGACCCUGCACAACCUGGUGAUCCAGUACGCGGGCCAGGGCCGCUACGAGGUGGCCGUGCCACUGUGCCGCCAGGCGCUGGAGGACCUGGAGCGGAGCUCCGGCCACUGCCACCCCGACGUGGCCACCAUGCUCAACAUCCUGGCGCUGGUGUACCGGGACCAGAACAAGUACAAGGAGGCCACGGACCUCCUCCAGGAUGCCCUGCAGAUCCGGGAGCAGACGCUGGGUCCCGAGCACCCCGCGGUGGCGGCCACGCUGAACAACCUGGCCGUCCUGUACGGGAAGCGCGGGCGGUACCGGGAGGCGGAGCCCCUGUGCCAGCGCGCCCUGGAGAUCCGCGAGAAGGUGCUGGGCGCCGACCACCCGGACGUGGCCAAGCAGCUCAACAACCUGGCGCUGCUGUGCCAGAACCAGGGCAAGUUCGAGGAGGUGGAGCGGCACUACGCCCGGGCCCUGGCCAUCUACGAGGCCCUGGGCGGGCCCCACGACCCCAACGUGGCCAAGACCAAGAACAACCUGGCCUCAGCCUACCUGAAACAGAACAAGUUCCAGCAGGCGGAGGAGCUGUACAAAGAAAUCCUCAGCACGGAGGGCCUGCCCGCCCCGCUCGGGGCCCCCAGCACAGGCAGAGCUGGUGACGCGGAAGGACAGACCCUUCGCCGCCGCAGCAGCUCCUUCUCCAAACUCCGGGAGUCCAUCCGGCGCGGCAGCGAGAAGCUGGUCUCCCGCCUCAGAGGCGAGGGGGCGGCGGGAGCAGCCGGGAUGAAGAGAGCGGUGUCCCUGAGCACGCUGCACGUGGGUGCUGCCAGGGCUCCCGGGGCCCAGUUCCCCCACCGGCACCUGAGUGAGGCCUCUCGGACCCUCAGCGUCAGCACCCAGGACCUGGGCCCCCGCUGA